AGCUACAAAGCGUCCAGAUUAAGGUUAAAUCCGAUGGCGAGCGACUGCACCCAAGAAACGGUUUUACGUUUUCUAACGGAGAGAGGAGGGAGAGUGAAAAACGUGGAUCUGAUAGAGCAUUUUCGGUCAGCCAUCCCGACCGAGCCAGGCAAGAAAGCAGCGGCCAGGGAAGCUUUUAAGAGGUACGUGGACAGCGUGGCUGUGGUUAAAGUGGACAACGGGGAGAAAUAUGUUUGCCUGAAGAAGAAGUUCAGGGGAUGGAGGAGUGAAGGGACCCGUGACGGCCGUGAGCAGGACGGCGGCGCCGUUAAACACGCCACGGGAACUGUCCCGUCAGAAAGGAGCGAGGACGAAGAUGCAAAACAAGAAAUUGCACCUGGCUCAGGUUGCGGAACUGCUGCCGCUCCGGGCGUGUCGGGAAGCGCCUCGACUUCACCGGCAACAGGAGCGGAGCCGCAUGGGGCAGAGAUGGGCAAUUGGCUCACAAAAAAGGGGUCUGCUCAAGACCAGAGAGGUGGAGCCAGAAAACUAAAGGAUAUACCAGAAAUCACCGUCGCUGAGGUGUCUCCUCAACAUGUGACUGACAGGACUGGAAGAGUGAGCAAGAGUAGGUCUGAUCAGACUGUCCCUGAUGGUUUGAAGGGUGGAUCAGACCUAGUAGAGUUGGACAGUAGAUCAGAUCAGAUUGUCCCCCUGGAGGGAACAUCUGAUCACAGCACCCAGAAGGGUCUGGAAAAUCCAUCUGAUCAGGCCACCCCGUUGGGUCUAAAAGGUACAUCUGAUCAGGCGACCCCACUGGAACUUGAAAGGGAGUCUGAUCAGAAGGAGUCCCAGUGGCUCAGACGCAAGCCGUCUGGAGGAUCCCGACGUGGUCAGCGGUCUGCAGAUGAGGCGCACGUAGACUUAGUGCCAGGGAGCGACAUCAACACCCCAAAAGGCAGCCGGAAGAGCUUCCUUGAGCACAUGAUGCACAGCUCGCCGCAGGUCCGGCGCAGCAUGGCGCUGAGGAGCUCUGUGCACUUGUCCACCAGGGGCAAGGACUCCUCUGCAAGGAGCGACAGCGAUGCUGCCUCUGUGCAUGCCACCUCUGGUACGGCAGACUACGAGAACGCCACGGUUGCGCUGGAGCCUUUGGAGCAUGAGUGGAUGAUGUGUGCGAGCGACGGCGAGUGGGAGAGUUUGAGGCGGCUGCUGGGCACUGAGCCGGGCCUUGUAUGCAAGAAGGACUUCGUGACGGGCUUCACAUGCCUCCACUGGGCCGCCAAGCUGGGCAAAGCAGAGCUGCUGGCGCUCCUCGUGAGCUUCGCCACACAGCAUGGUGUUCCGGUGGAUGUGAACGCACGCUCUAGUGCCGGCUACACACCACUGCACCUGGCAGCAAUGCACAACCACAUGGAUGUGGUGAAGCUGUUGAUCGGUGCGUACGACGCUGACGUGGAGGCACGAGACUACAGUGGCAAGAAAGCCAGCCAGUACCUAAGGGGCGAGGUGGCGCGGGACGUCCUGGACAUAGUUGGCGCAGGCACAGAAGUUGAUGGCCAGAAUACUAAUGGUGGAGAAGGCAGUGGGUGGAGACUGUCCAAGGUUUUCCAGGCCAACCUCAGGCCGCUGAAGCUGCUGCACCACAGCACGAGCGAGGACGAUGUGAGCACAGCAGCCGAGAACGCAGGGCUCACCAGGGAAAAAGUGCCACGCAGGAAGACCUCCCUGCGAGGGCUCAGGCCCAGGCUGAGCAAGAUCCGCACAAGGACGCAAAUUGUGCACAGCACGUCUCUAUCUGGGCACUUCGAGAGGGAGACAAGAGAAACCCCCAGUUCAUUUAGGUCCAGGCCCAAGUCCAAUCUCUUUGGGUGACUGUGGUACCAUCAUCUCAGGUCCAUUGCUUAAAGGAAUGGUCGGAAAAAGCUAAUGUUGCUGACGAUGCCAACAAAAUCUACCUUCAUUGUGAAAUGCUAAUAGUGAAUGAAAGCAAAAGUCCACCAAUUAAUGUUAUUAUGCAAAUAACAUCAUGCUAAUCGAUGCCUACUAACUUCCAGUCUUUGUUAGCCUUGCCAGCAUGGUUGUUGUUUCUUUAAGGCAGGGGUGUCAAACUGGGUUUUUCCAGGCCUCAGCUCUACAGAGUUCAGUGUUCAUCCUCAUUAAACACAGAUUCAGCUCAUCGGCUAAGCAGCAAUUCCUUCAUGAGUUGAGUUCAGAAUGUCAGAAGAGGGGAAAUACUUAUUUGUGCAGAGCUGCAGCCCAGAAGGAACCCAGUUUGAUACAUCUGCUUUAAGGGCUGGUUUUCUGGACAUGGAUUAAGCCUAGUUUCAGACUACGCUCUGUUGGUAAUAAUUUUAACCAUUAAAAAUCACAUUAGUUUAGGCUUAAUUUGGGACUGGAAAAUCAUCCCUGAGGAUUGGAAGGUAUGUUCAGAAUGUGCUGAAUGAUUUUAAACCCACCAGCAUCUGAGCUGUGAAGUUUUUUUAGACCGUGCACGUUUUAGUUUUACCAUAGUUCUGGCCUGUAUGAUGUUAUUACAUUAUGCUGUUUUUUUUAGAUUUACUAUAGCACUAGCUGGUAACAGCGGCACACAUCACAAAACAAAAUUCGAAAGAAAUUUAAAUAUGAAUCUAUUCAGAGUAAUAUUUACAUUUUAUAUACACUUAUACUAAUAUAAAAAAAUAUUAAUUAGAUUUUCACAGAUUAAAGGGGAAUUACAAAAUUUCUGCAUCAUUCAAUGGUUUGGAUGUAAACAGUGGUGGUUAUAGUAACCAGGGGUCAUGAUGUCUACCAUGCAGUGAGCCUACAUGUAUCUACAUGUAUGUAUAUUUGUAUGUAAAGUUAGUGAUAAUGAUAAAUCUGGAAACUGGGGACUAUUCUUUCUCACAACAUCCUGCAUGUACAUCGCUGCCAUGAAUGGAUAAAUAAAUAUGUUUUAGGCCAAAACUUUAUCUCAAAACUAUUGUAAAACAAUGUUUCUGUCAUUGUUUAGAGGCAUGAAACUCCUCAGACGUCUGGUUCCUGUCACCACCGUUGUGAACGAUUCUGACUCUGUAAGUUUCUCUAGAACACAUCAAACCACUUUGAUCGACUUUGUUUACAUCUUGACCAUUAAAUCAUGCAGAAAUUUUGAGAAGUCAGUCGAAUUCCCUGUUAAGUCUAUUGACUCUCCUCUGAAAGUGUUUCUCAGCUUUAGACUUGGCUUACUUAGCACACCUUUGGCACUGUGCUGUGCUCCUGCUGCCAGGAGUCUGACACUCAUGCUAAGACUUAAUCUGAGAAUGGACGAGGCCCAUAUCGUCCUGCACUGUGUAGGAAAGCAGCUGGCCGGUCCAACCUUUGUACUGCAGUGUAUGUCAAACACGGAGUUUAAACAUGACCAUGUUAUGUUGUAUUUGGAAAACUGUCACCAGUUCACUUAUUUUUACUUUCACUUUGGUAACACAAACCCUUUUUGAGACUGAGCUCUUUAUUAUCUCUGUUGAUUAAUUUUUCUUUGCACUUUUCAGACUGAGCACUAAUAAUGACUAACACCUUUUUAAUUGUGGUUAUGUUGGACUCUAAUGCACUAGUUUAGUUAUGGUAUCGAGUUCUGUAUAAAGAAGUAAAUGCGCUGCAUUGCUAAAUGCUGCUGGCAUGUCUGUAGACGUUGGCUGUGACUGUCAUCGCGGUUGCACAUCAGCAGGCUUCAGCUUGCUACAUCUCAGCACGAGCAUUCUUAACCUUCACAGCCUAAUGGGUUUUUAAGGAUGGAAUAAGUGGGCAAACAUCUCUCUCUUUCUCUUGUUCUCUCUCUGUUCCCUGUCUUCUCGCUUUCUCCUUUUUUUUCCUCUCACUUCUCUCUCUCUCUCUCUCUCUCUCUCUCUGUUACAAGUCUUCUCACGUUCCCCUUU